UUUCUCUCCAUUCCCCUGCAUUCCCUUCCCACCAGGAGAAAUCUAAGGAACCGAACUCGCGAAACCCAUCAAACAAUGCCCUCAAACAAACCAUCUUCCAUCUUCCCUCUACAUCACAAACCAACACCAUUAAAACCUUCAAGCAGUACCAACACCACAAACCAAGCAUGCGCUGCAUGCAAAUACCAACGCAGGAAAUGCGCUCCAGAUUGUCUUCUCGCUCCUUAUUUCCCUCACGACCGUCACCGCCAAUUCCUCAACGCGCAUAAGCUCUUUGGUGUCAGCAACAUCACCAAGAUCAUCAAAGACCUUAGCCCUCCUGAGAAAGACGCCGCUAUGCAUACAAUCAUGUUUCAGUCUGAUGCUCGUGCCAAUGAUCCCAUUGAAGGUUGCUAUAGCAUCAUAAGAAGGCUUCAGUACGAGAUCGAAUAUAGUAAGAAUGAAUUGGACAUGGUUCAUCAUCAACUGGCUGUUUUCCGUGACCGUGCUCAUAAUCAUUAUCAAGAACCGCAUAUGCAGAUGCAAGAACCUGAGGAUCUCUCGAGUUCUUGUGAUCUAAACAACAACAACGUGGUUCCUUACAGUUACCCUCUUCAUCAUGUCCAAGAACCAAACCAACAGCAACAACAAUAUUGUUCUUCUGGAAACUUUAAUGGGUUACAAGAAGACAUGUGGUGUCUUCAACUUCAAGAAUCAUCAACGACAGUGAAUAUGAAGGGUGGCUUCAUUGAUGAAUGCGAAGACGUUAAGCCUGUAGAAGAGAUUUCUAACGAGUUCGAGCAUCAUGAUGGUUUCGUUGAAGACAGUAAACUCGACUUGCCUUCCGCACAAUUCAUUGUUUCUUCUUAGCUUUUUUUUUCUUGAUUUAAAAAUCAUUUUUCUAGGACUAAUUAACA